UAUUGGUUUCAGAAAGAUUUAAUACGGGAAGUCUUUCAUUGGAUUACGGGAUUGACCUCUCCUGCCAGAUAAAAAAUCGUAUGUAAGAUAAAAAAGGAUUUAAACUUGCAAAAUAAAGAUAAUAACGUUUAUUACCGUUUCUAUCAAAGUCCAACUGCAUGGGCUAUGCCGGUUGGGGACGCAAGAAGCGAGAUGUUACGCCUGUCAACGUGAUAGGAGAAAUCAAUGCAUCGAACAAAGUCCCGAGCAAGAAAGAAAGCGUGGGGUCCAUUGGAAAUGACAUUGACAAAAGACAAACGGAGGAUUUCGAUAUCGACGUCGGGGCUCGAGUUAAAAUUGUGGAGAAAUAUUCCGAAAUCCAAAUCAUCACAGAAGAAACGAUGUGCAUGAAUGGAGCAGUACUCAUCACCACUAUCGUGUUUCUCAGCACGGGGGUAAUUUGCUUAGCAGGGUCCACUUUCGUUUUCUACCGGAAAUUCGCCAGUGCGCAUGCUCAGGCGUUGUUAGGACAGCGACAAAGUGAUCUUCCCGUUCGGAACGACUAGGCUCCUUACUAUAGUAUUCCAUUCGACAAGAACAUUUAAAGCUUUGUUUAUAGACGUUGUCUGUUUUGCUUGUUCACGUCGGUAUAUUAAUGGAGAACAAGAAAGCAUGUAAACAAAAAAAAUGAUAUAUAUUUUGUAACAUUAUAAUGAUAA